AGAUCGACUGGAGCAUCAGUCUGCGACGCUUCGUGCUCGCUGUUGGUUGUUUUUCUGUACAUAUCCGGUAAAAUGCCUGGUUUAUUCUUUUUUAUGUGACUUAAUAAUUUACCAUAAACGUUUUGGGUCUGCAGUGGAGAUAACAGACAGAAAUAUGGAGGCCGCUGAAGGUAUCAGCGCUCCCACCCCCACGGAGGACAUGAACGGAGCCGGAACCUUAAUGGACCUGCUGGACGAACCCUUCCCGGACGUGGGCACGUAUGAAGACUUCCACACGAUUGACUGGCUGCGGGAGAAGUCCAGAGACACGGACCGCCACAGGAAGAUCACCAGCAAGAGCAGGGAGUCCAUCUGGGAGCUGAUCAAGUCUCUGUUGGACGCCUGGUCCGGAUGGGUGGUGAUGCUGCUCAUCGGCCUCCUGUCAGGUACGCUGGCAGGUGUGAUCGACCUGGCCGUGGACUGGAUGACGGACCUGAAGGAGGGCGUGUGUCUGUCAGCCUUCUGGUACAGCCACGAGCAGUGCUGCUGGACCUCCAAUGAGACCACCUUCGAUGACCGGGACAAGUGUCCACAGUGGCAGAAAUGGGCAGAGCUAAUGACGGGUCACACAGAUGGAGCUGGAGCGUACGUGCUGAACUACUUCCUGUACAUCCUGUGGGCACUGCUGUUCUCCUUCUUGGCCGUGUCACUGGUCCGAGUCUUCGCUCCAUACGCGUGCGGGUCAGGAAUCCCAGAGAUCAAAACGAUCCUCAGUGGCUUCAUCAUCCGGGGAUACCUCGGGAAGUGGACCCUGCUGAUAAAGACCGUCACGCUGGUUCUGGCCGUGUCCUCUGGUCUGAGUCUGGGGAAGGAGGGUCCUCUGGUCCACGUGGCCUGUUGCUGUGGAAACCUCUUCUGCAGCCUCUUCUCCAAGUACAGCAAGAACGAGGGCAAACGCAGAGAGGUGUUGUCGGCGGCGGCAGCAGCAGGUGUGUCCGUGGCCUUCGGAGCGCCUAUUGGAGGGGUUCUGUUCAGCCUGGAGGAGGUGAGCUACUACUUCCCUCUGAAGACUCUGUGGAGGUCGUUCUUCGCGGCGCUGGUGGCGGCGUUCACACUACGGUCCAUAAACCCGUUUGGGAACAGCCGCCUGGUUCUGUUCUACGUGGAGUACCACACCCCCUGGUACAUGGCCGAGCUGGUUCCCUUCAUCCUGCUGGGGGUGUUCGGGGGACUGUGGGGAACCCUGUUCAUCCGGGCCAACAUCGCCUGGUGCCGGCGGAGGAAGACAACCCUGCUGGGGAAGUACCCGGUUCUGGAGGUGAUUGUGGUGACGGGGAUCACGGCGGUUCUGGCGUACCCAAACCCGUACACCCGCCGCAGCACCAGCGAGUUGAUUUCAGAGCUGUUCAACGACUGUGGAGCGCUGGAGUCCUCCCAGCUCUGCGACUAUGUCAACAAUCCCAACAUGAGCCGACCCGUAGACGACAUCCCGGACCGACCCGCCGGGCCCGGUGUCUACAACGCCCUGUGGCAGCUUGCCCUCGCUCUCGUCUUCAAGAUCCUCAUCACCAUCUUCACCUUCGGCAUGAAGAUCCCGUCGGGCCUCUUCAUUCCCAGCAUGGCGGUGGGAGCGAUCGCGGGUCGGAUCGUCGGGAUCGCCGUGGAGCAGAUGGCCUACCACCACCAUGACUGGAUCAUCUUUAAGAACUGGUGUCGGCCCGGCGCCGACUGCGUCACGCCGGGACUCUACGCCAUGGUGGGAGCUGCUGCCUGCCUGGGGGGCGUGACCAGGAUGACGGUGUCUCUAGUGGUGAUCAUGUUCGAGCUGACGGGUGGGCUGGAGUACAUCGUUCCGCUGAUGGCCGCCGCCGUCACCAGUAAGUGGGUCGCCGACGCCUUCGGGAAGGAGGGGAUCUACGAGUCCCACAUCCAGCUCAACGGCUAUCCCUACCUGGACGUCCGGGAUGAGUUCACCCACCGCACCCUGGCCACCGACGUGAUGAGGCCACGCCGGAAUGACCCUCCUCUGGCUGUCCUCACGCAGGACAGCACCACAGUGGAGGACGUGGAGACGCUCAUCAAGGAUACGGACUAUAACGGUUUCCCCGUGGUCGUUUCCCGGGAGUCGGAGAGGCUCAUCGGAUUCGUCCAGCGCCGGGACCUCACGCUCGCCAUCAGGAACGCCCGUCAGAAGCAGGACGGCGUGGUGAGCAGCUCCGUAGUCUACUUCACUGAAGAUGCGCCGCAGCUUCCAGCCAGCAACCCUCAGCUGCUGAAGCUACGCCGCAUCCUGAACCUCAGCCCCUUCACCGUCACAGACCACACCCCCAUGGAGACUGUGGUGGACAUCUUCCGUAAACUAGGACUGCGCCAGUGCCUGGUCACCAGGAGCGGGCGUCUCCUCGGCAUCAUCACUAAGAAGGACGUCCUGAGACACAUGGCUCAGAUGAUGAACCAGGAUCCAGAGUCCAUCAUGUUUAACUGACAGCAGACUGUAAAUGCACUUGCUGUAAGCCCCGCCCCUCACCCAAUCACCUGUACUCACCACUUUAUUUGCAGCUGAUUUAAUUUAAAGGAGGAAAGAUGACUGAGGAGGUUGGAGACUCGUGAUCCAACUUGAAGCUACGUGUUUUCUGUUCUAAAGCUGAGUCCCGGGUUUAGACAAGUUCUUGGUUCCGUCCCUCUGAGACCAGUGGAUGACCUGGAGGUUCAACACUGGGAACCAGACCGGAGGUGAAGCUCUAAUGUUCAGAGAAUCAUUUAAAUCAACAAGUAUUUGACUCUUAUUUAUUUGUAGGUUUUAAUUCUAAGAUGAUGGAGAAUAAAACUCCUCUGAAUUAAGAAAACUCAGUUGACCCUGACCUGAAGGUCAAAGGUCAUUCCAUAGAAGACCUCUGAAACUGAAUUUACACAAGGAUUUUUUUUUUGCACAAUUGUUUUUUUUUUCUAUGUUGCUGCCAUAUUUAUCUGCCAAGUGUUAAUGGUUACUUUGCAUCUCAUCAUCUGGUUUGUGCUCAAACGAACCAGAAGAGCUGAUUUGUUAGUUUUAAGGUGAGUUGGAGUCGUUACCAGCUCCAGUCAGAAUCGCCUCAAUCAGCUCUAAACUCUGUCAGGCAGUUUUAUGGAAACUACACUGGAUUCCUGUUCUGUAAAAACAUUCAAACUUGAUGGUUUGUUUUAUUAUUCUGUGCUGUGAUUUGACUCCAUGUUGUUGUUUUAAUGCCAACUGAAUGUACACGUUGUCUAGAAAAAUCUGUUUUUAUUUAUGUACGUCAGAAACGACGAUAUUGUUAGUGGGUUCUUUCAGAACUUCACCCAGUUGCACUUUUGUUCCUGAAUCUAAUCAAGUAAACCGUUCAACCCCU